GGCUUUAAAACCCUACAUGCCAAAAAUCAGCCGCCACUCUCCUCUCCUUCUUUCUCUUCUUUCUUUCUCUCCUCCCUUCCCCUUGCUGUGCCGCCAGCAGCCACGACCACCAGCACAGGCACCAGGGACAGCAGCCGUGCGUCUCCUUCCCACCUUCCCGACCAGCAGCCGCCCUCCCAAGCAGCAGCAGGGGGCUGCGUCUCCUUCCCCAAACAGCCACGACCCAACCGGCUCUUCUCCCUUUUCUGCUGUGGAGGCUGCGCCACCAACAGCCACGGCCCAGCCGCCUUCUCCUUCACCACCAUCUAGUCUUCAUCCUUUUGUUAGUCCCAUCUUUGUGCCCAUUUCGUAAGAGGAAAGUAGAGCCUUAGUUGGGGUGAUUUUGUGUCUUUUGAUCGUGCAGUGACGCUUGCAGGUACGUACACGCAGUAACUAACCCUUAUAUGCAAUUUGCUUUAAGACAUUAUUGUUUAUUGUGAUAAUAUACAUUGCAUUGAAGCUAUGAGAUACUAUUGAGUACACUUUACAUGAAGAGCUGUCGACUAUGAAAUCCUUGCGCUUAGAAUAGUUUAGAGAAUGAGAGUUAAUAGAGGGCGAGAACUACCCCUUAUUUAUUUAAGAAUUAGAUUAUGCCUAAUUGGAGUUAGAAUGACUCCUUUAUAGGUGAAUUUCAUAUUCUAUUGAGUGGCUCAGUGGGUUUUGGCGCGCUGCUAUCCCAGGGCGCUCAUUAAUAGUUGAGAGUGGAAGUUAUUCCCAUCUGAUAAGGUACUAUAUUAUGAUUAGCUGGCGUGACUUAACUGGAUUAUGUCCGGUUGUUUUAUUAGUCCCCUAGGUGAGGUUCGACGGGACCACCGUAAGGGGGGUAUGAGCAUGCUUGGGUCAUUGGGCGCCGGGAGGCCGAUAACGCCCCUUGACCGAGGUGUUACCAUGCGGGCCUUGCAAACCCCAAUAUGGUGGCCUCUUCACUGGUUUAGUACCCCAGUGUGUUAGGUUUUUCCCAAAGGUAGGACCCGAGAGGGUCAGCUGGAGGGGGCAUGAGCUCAUACUUUGCCAAUGGGCGCCGGGAGGCCGAUAACGCCCUUGGCCGUGUCACUAUGCCAGGAAGUAGAGAAAAGAUCCACUUAUAGAAAACUAUUCAGUGAUAGAAAAUUUAUUCAUUGAUUGAAAGGUAUUUAUUGAUAGUAGGUUCAUUCUUUGGUAGAAAGAUUACGCGUUGAUAAAACGUUUACUCUUUGAUAGAAUAUUUACUCAUUGAUAGAACAACUACUUAUUGAUAGAAUAGUUUAUGCUAGCGAGAAGUGUGCCUAAGUUAAGUUACCUCAAGGAUAUUACGGACUACGAUCAAACUUACCUUAAGAUAGACAAGCUCUAUAAGGUCAUGCGUUAGGUAUUCUGUUAAUGCCUUGGUCGAGUUGAUACUAUACGUGUUUGCAGGAGUUAUGUUUAAAAAGAGGAGCGUGAAGACCUGCAUUCUACCCAAGAACACAUGGUUCGGGUUAGAAAGCACAUAGUGAAAUUAAGAAGUAUAAGUGGCCGGUAAACGGUUACUACAUGUGUUGGUGUCUUACGAAAUCGUCUUAUGUUGUUUUAUAAUAUAAUGUUAUCUAGUAGUUGGCCUUAUUAUAUUUGAUGCUAGUUACUGACGUGUACGUGUUUGUGUUUAUGUUUGAUUGUUGAUGACUUUCUAUGAUUGUCCUGCUAUGACACAUUGGCCUUUGGUCUAAUGUC